AUGCCUGCAUAUCACUCCACAUUUUUGGCGGAGGAUGCCAAUUCAAGAAUCGUUGGGAAUUUCGCCGUCUUACCCAUCAAAACUAAGUUUAAAGGGCCUUCUUUGCCUUGUAUAUCCGAGUACGACAUCAUCGAUGAAGUGUUAGACCUUUUCAGAGCCAAUACUUUCUUCAAGAACUUUGAAAUUAAAGGUCCAGCGGAUCGUGCGCUUAUCUAUGGUAUUUUGUUUGUUUCGCAAUGCCUCAAUCAAUUGAACCAAAGAGUGACGAAGCAGGAAGCUGUUAGAGAAUUGACAAACCUAUCUCUUGACAACUUCUCAGUUCCAGGUGAUGUUGGCUUCCCCUUAAAUUCUUUAUAUCAGCCACCUCGCGAUAGAAAUGAGUCUCUUUUCUUAAGGCAAUAUCUAACACAGUUCCGUCAAGAGCUUUCGGCAAGACUUAUUGAGAGACUCUAUCAUGAUGAUAGCUCCAAAGCUAGCAAAUACUGGAUGGCUUUCAGCAGAAAGAAGUUCAUGAACAAGAGUUUGUAG